UCUCCACGAACGGAAAUGGGAGUCACAGCGCCGGGGACCAGCGGAAACAAAACACAGAGGCGGCCGCGGGGGGGCCGCUGUGGGGGAGAAGGCCCCGGAACGAAGCCGGCCCGCGCGGACCCGCGCUCCCCUCCUCCCCAGCGGCCGCACUCACCCGCUCUGGAUUCGGCCCCGUCGCCCCCGCCCGCAGUCCAGAGCCGGCUGAAAACCGCAGCGCCGCGGGCUCCACGUGCGGCGUCUCUCCCGAGCCGUCCGGUCGCCGACUGUCUCCGAGACGCUUCCUGUCCGGUGAGUGUCGACCGACUGAAACGGCGGCCCAUAAUGCAUUGCGAUGGCGGUUAG